UAUAAUCACGUCAGUAAGGCAUGUUUUCUCAACCUUCCAAUAUGAUUAUGUACAUACAUUCUUGUCUUCUGUAGUCUUUCAUCUUCUCGAGCUUGCUUGUCCAAUCAUGCCUUACCUUUCAACCGUAAAUGAUUUGGUCGCUGGCAGCGUCGGUGGUGCCGCCCAAGUCCUGGUAGGCCAGCCACUUGAUACCGUCAAGACACGCGCACAGAUCGCUCCCAAGGGAAUGUUUAAAGGACCUAUGGAUGUUCUCGCACAAACUGUUCGAAAGGAAGGUUUCUUCGCGUUGUACAAAGGGAUGGCCAGCCCCCUCCUCGGAAUAGCUGGAGUCAACUCCUUGCUGUUUGCUUCAUACGUAUACUCUAAGCGCAUCGUUUCACCGUUCCCACAGUUAUCUUUGAAGGAGAUCGCCCUUGCAGGCGCAAUGGCUGGAGCUGCAAAUGCUAUCCUUGCUAGCCCAGUCGAGAUGUUCAAAGUUCGCAUGCAAGGCCAAUAUGGUGCUGCCACGGAUAAGAAAUUGAGAGAUGUCGCGAAAGAGAUGUGGAGGGACUGGGGGUUUCGGAAAGGUGUCAUGAGAGGUUACUGGGUCACUGUUGCGAGAGAGAUACCAGCAUACGCAGGGUUUUACACAGGGUUUGAAUUCUCGAAGCGGAAGUUCCAGAGUAAGUAUGGGGACAAAGUACCCCUCUGGGCCCUCCUUGCUAGCGGUGCGACUGGCGGAAUUGCAUAUUGGCUAUCCUGCUACCCAUUGGACGUUAUAAAGUCUCGCAUUCAGUUGCGCCAGACUCCACCGACUGGCAAGCCCUGGCAGUACAUGAACAAUGAAAUCAGGAUGGUUGUCGCUGAAUCGGGAAUAUCGGGGCUUUUCCGCGGUCUGUCACCAUCAUUGAUAAGAACUAUACCCGCUGCAGCGAGCACAUUUGCGGCGUUUGAGUUGGCCCGAGAAUUUCUUAUGGAGUCCACAGGAGUGUAAGA